AUGACGAUGGAAGGGCUUUCCCUGUUACUAUGGAUCAUGGUUGCUAUGACGACAGAUGUUGGAUUCGCCCAGGAGACAGAUAUGUUCGAUUUCUCCAAUAUAGAUGAGCCAAUGGAUGGAUUCGGUAGCACGCCUGUCAAAUCUAGAAUAGACAAAUGUCGCUCCAACCGCCAUGUGUGCAGUACAAUCCUCAGGUAUCCAGGUAACCAGACGUUCAGUGAUGGUGUACACUGCCUAUGCCCCGGAUGUACAGAGGAAUGGGGCGAGAACGACAACCAAUCGUUUACCUGGGUCCAUUACGAACGACAUGAGCAACUGGUGCAGUACCGGUUUUGUAUUCCGGUCAUGCCAGAACGCACGUGCGACAAGGAUGAUUUGGCUGUAGUCAUGGAAACAGAGACUUCUAACUGGCGAGUAUACAUGGCCAUGGCCAGAUGUAAGUGUCCUAACAACGUGUUUCAGUUGUCAAACUGGUGGAAACGUAACAAAGUGUGGAUGUAUGAAUACGGCUGUCAGAAGAAAUCUUGUGAAAAAAACAAUUCAUUAUGUUCAAAAAUCUACAUAGACAAAGUUCACGAUUCGGCUCUUGGAUAUGAAUUUCAAUGCGCAUGCCCAACAGGAUAUAACUGCCCAAGUGAUCGGGAACCGGAAAUGGAAUCCCUUGUUGAUCAUAUUGGCCAUUAUGUGCCUAUGUACUGCCGACCAGCACGAAACAGUGGACAAGUAUGA